AUGUGCUAUCGCAGUGGACGGGUUGCUCAGUCAAGAAGUGCUGUUUUGGUUAUGUUUCCAACUCAUAAUGGUAAUCAAGUGAAUAUAGUAAGAUAUGUAGUAUCCAACAUAAAUGUAGAAAUCGUCGAUAUAGUUGAUAGGGCGUAUGAUGAUGGACAGCAUGGUAUUUGUGUCAUAAUGGCUCGAAGUGAAACAGCACAACGAGUGGUUGAUGUUUUCCGUCUUAUGCGAUCGCCAUGGAACAUUACGGUAUGCCCGUUGCCACCGGAAGAUCAAUAA